AUGGAGGACGUGACUGUGUCAGAACCGUUCGUGGACUCCAACCAAGAUAGCCACACAGCUCUGAUCACGAUCGUUUCCGUCACAUCUUGUCUUCUCAUGAUCAUAGCCAUUAUUGCGAAAAUCUUCAUUUGCCAAAGCGCCGGUACAGCCGUCCACAACUUCGACAUUGUGCUCUUUGUUGCAGCAUUCUUGAUGGUUGCCCAAACUAAGGGCAACAGACGAUGCGUCAAGCUAGGACACCUCAUCGAAUGUGAGAUACACAGAGGCAAAUACCAUAGCCGGAUCCACCAGUGUGUCUCGUGCGCCGAAGCUUGCGCCCGCGAGGAGAAGGCCGCCAAGAAAGACCACGGCUCCUGCAGCCCCAAGGACAAGAGCAAACAGCAGCAGAAAAGUAGGAAAAGUGGCAAGGUCAAAGGUGUCCACGAGAAGACUAUGAAGCAGCUCAGGAGGGAGAUGCGAGAUCAAAAGAGGGAAUCACCCGGUGACUAG